AUGGAUCUCGAUGGCCCCAGGACAUGGAACAUUAGUCUCAAAACGGGAGCAGCAUUUGAGAGCAAGGCGAGGCGCGUAAGCCGGGGAGUGGUGCGACACUGCUCCGGGCAGCGAAAUGGAAUAACAAUCUCAGUUGCCGAACAACUCCCUCAGCCAGCUCAUGAACACACUCCCCCCAUGUACUGUUCUACAUACAUCAAACCGAAACAAACCCCUAGCUACAUAUUCAUUAGCGCAGAUGAUAUUAACGCUAAAUCAUCAGAGAUCGGAGAUAGCGGCUAAUAAAAGGGAAGAGAACCAUUUAUUGGAGGGAUGAUAAACUGAGACGCGGUGGGGCGCUAAACGGUGCAUUUGCAUGCAGGAUGCACCUCGGGCCUCAGCCUCGUCUGAAUCGCAUUAUUUCCAUGAAUGCAACAAUUUCACAGGGAUCUGGUGAGUCGGAAUCUACAUAGUAAUAGUUCAAAAUUGACGUGAAUAAUUCAACAUUGUAUUAAUUGUUCGCGAGCCAUACCCGAAUGGUUUGAAUUUCUUCAAGG